GAUUACAACCGGUGAUAGAAGUGCGAUCGGUCAGCGACAGCGACCAUUUGGCAAGACAACUAAAAGUCAAAAACGAGUGUGUUGGCCCUAUUUUUAGUGAAACAAAAAUCAAAUCAGCGUAAUUUCAAUAUUAUAAUGAGAUCUCCAUUUGAAUAUUCAUUCUACUAGUCGAAUUAGGUGACUGUGAAGACAUAUCUAUUGUUCUUUGUUACAUCAUGAAUAAAAAUUUAUCAAGGGAAGACAAUUGAUUUUUGGUAGCGUAAAAAUUAAUGGAAAUUAAUAUUAUGGAGGUGAGAGGGGCUGGAGAUGGGGCUGCUGCCGUGGAUUAUGUGCGCCCCCCUUCUAGACGAUACACUUGGGCCGAAGUUCGGCAGGCUGUUCACGAUUUACGGAAAGAGUUAUCAAGCCUUUCAACUAUGGUCCCGAUUGCAAUAAGUUUUCGUAAACUUGCCAAUGGAAAGAUAAGGAUAUAUUUUCUAAGGACCCCUCAGAAUGGAUGGGAGAUAACAUUGCUAUACACAGAUGUUUCACCAUCACAACAAGCAAACAACAGCAGAUUGGACUGGAAACCGCUGAUCGAAUCAAACGUGGCUCUCGGUGUAUCAUCAGGGAAGUGGUCGAGAGAGGAACAGCUGCUAUGGGAGCGGCAGAGGGUGGCUGCCUGGGGCAUAGCCUCGUAUGAGCUGCAUCAGAGCUCCGGAAAGAUCAUGUUCCCUUGUGCAUCCUCGUUGUUUGUCGCCGAUGAGGGGUCCACACAGUCACCCCCUCUCGUCCCCCGUUGCCUAAACACGGGUGGGGGGGCGCCCCUAACCCCGGCGAUGUGUCCCCGCGCCCCAGAGUUGGUGGCCCACGCCGCUAGAGGCGACAUCUGGUUGGCAGGCGGGCAACUAAGACGGCCUACACGACUGACGUAUGCGUGCAAGGGUCAUGAGCCUGAUCGGUUAGCAGAUGACCCUCGCCAGGCCGGAGUCCCUUGCUACGUGACACAGGAGGAGUUCUCCCGGUAUACCGGCUUCUGGUGGCAACCACAGGCUGAAGAUGACAUAUAUAGGAUAGUGUAUGAGGAGGUGGACGAGAGCGAGGUGAAGAUAUACUGCUUCCCGUCCUCGCAGUCCACCAGCGGGGAGGUUGAGGAGUUCAGGUUUCCCCGAGCUGGUACUCCUAACGCCAAGUCCUCGCUGAAGAUGCUGACCUUCAGGCUCCAGAAGGCUACUUCCUCCACCGUCCUAGAUUACUACCACGAGGGAGCUUCGGAGCAUUUAGGCGACACGAGCAACGGUUGCAUGGAGGUGGUGGACCUUCGAUGGUACGAGCUGAAGCAGCCGCUGAAGGAAUGCUUCCCCUGGUUCGAGUACCUCGCCAGGGUCGGGUGGACACCUGAUGGACAGUAUGUCUGGGCCCAACUCCUAGAUCGGAAGCAGCAGCGCUUGGAGCUGGUGCUCAUCCCGCUGUCGCAGUUCUGUGCGCCGGCGCACUACGACAUGGCCGGCUCUGUCAGCGGUCGGCACGAACCGUCCACUAGCUAUGAACAGCCAAUCCAAGACAUACAGAUCCUGGUCUCGGAGACAGCUCCAGACGCCUGGAUCAAUGUCCACGACAUUUUGUACUUCCUGCCAUCUAGCGGCGCCGAGCUGAACUUCAUCUGGGCCAGCGAGGAGUCAGGGCAUCUACACCUGUACCUCGUCACCUGUGCUCUUAUACAGAGGAGCUGUGGGCAGAAACGGACAGUAAUUGAGAUGAUUAACGAAGACGAGAGCAACGCGGUCGGCCCCAACAUGAUCAGCAAGGAACCCAUCACGGCCGGGGAGUGGGAGGUCAUGUCCAGGAAGAUAUGGGUAGACACAGGCCGGCAGCUGGUGUACUUCGUAGGGCUCCGCGAGACGCCGCUGGAGCGCCACCUGUACGUGGCGCCGCUGUCGCCGCCGCGCCCCCACGCCGUGCACUUGCUCACGUCUGUCGGACAUUCUUGCACCGUCGAUAUUGAUGAGGAUUGCAGUACAGCAGUGAUAACCUCGUCGAAUAUAACGACGGCUCCGGUGACGCGGGUGUACCGCAUCCUGCACACUCCGCCGCGGCUGUUGGUGCAGGGCAGCAUCACGGAGAGAGCUCCAUCGGAAUGCACGGAAGUACGGAGCCUGAACGGUUCGUGGGAUAGCCGGGACGGUGAGGAGGACACGGAUAGUGAAACCGGAUCGUUAAUCAGAGAACGUUCCCUAAGCCUGUCGGACAUCCCUCCCCCGCAAAUAUUCGAGACCCGGCUGUCGUGCGGGGCGACGGCGUACUGCACGCUGUGGCGCUGCGGCCGCGCGGGGCGGAGCCCUACCGUGCUGCACGUGUACGGGGGCCCGGAGGUCCAGACUGUUACUAAUAGUUACAAGGGUAUCCGGCAACUCCGCAUGCAUAUGUUGGCGGCGCGCGGUUUCAACGUGGUGGCGGUGGACUCGCGCGGCUCCAAGCACCGCGGCAGGGCCUGGGAGGCCGCCAUUAAAGGCAAGCUCGGUCAGAUCGAGCUGGAUGAUCAGGUCGAGGUGUUGCAAUGGUUGGCCAAGGAGACAGGCUGCAUAGACAUGGAGAGAGUGGCGAUACAUGGCUGGAGCUACGGCGGAUACCUAUCCCUACUAGGCCUGGCGACCAGACCGGGCAUAUUCCGUGCGUGCGUGGCGGGGGCGCCGGUGACGUGCUGGCGCCUGUACGACACGGCCUACACGGAGCGGUACAUGGGACCCCCUUCACGGAGCCCGCACGCUUAUACCAGGGCCAGUGUACUGGCACAUGCGCCUUUCUUCCCUGAUCAGGAUGGCAGACUGCUAAUCAUCCACGGGCUGGCGGACGAGAACGUGCACUUCUGCCACACCGCCGCGCUCACUGCUGAGCUGGUGAGGCUUGGGAAACCACAUCGAGUACAGGUGUACCCUGGCGAAAGACACUCUCUACGAGCGAUGCACGCCGCCAAACACUACGAAGCCACAUUAUUACACUUCUUACAUGAAAACCUGUAAAUAUAUUGAAAUAGUUCUACUUGUAUGGGGCUCCAAAUAUAUAAGGUGUUCUAAAUGUAUCUGCCACGGCUUUAAUGGGAUGUAGUGUUGUGUUUGAAGAUUACAAUAGUGAAGAAAUUUCGUACCCCGGACCAGUUAAUUCAAUUUGAGAACAUAAAGAAGUUAAAUAAA